CAGUCGUUCGUCUUCCUUUGUAUUUUUCGUAUAUACCUAAUAAAAAUAAUGAAAACAACAAAUAAUUGUCCAGAAACGUACUUAUUGAAAAUUGAUUGAAUAAAUACCUAGCUUCUGCUAAAUUCAUUAUUAAUGUGAGAUAACGUUAUCAAAGUAUAGGUAUGAUAUUAGCUGAAACUUUAUUGUUCUCUCUUUCUUUAAUCGAUAGCGGCGGCAUAUUGUUCCUUUUGGUUUACUAUAUUAUCACUCUUUCUGACUUGGAAUGUGACUAUUUAAAUGCUCAAGAGUGCUGCGAUAAGUUAAACUACUGGUUGCUCCCUAAAUAUAUCGCUCACUCGUUCGUAACAUUCAUACUGCUUCUUCAUGGACAAAUAGUUCUGUUUAUUUUGAACUUGCCCAUGUUCAUUUGGUUAACAUUUGAAUAUUUUACUGUGCCUAGAGGAAACCUGGGCGCUUAUGAUCCAGCUGAAAUCUACAAUCGCGGACAGUUGAAGAAACAUCUAAGGGAUGUUAUGAUUUACAUUGGUCACUAUCUCAUUUUCUUUUUUAUUUAUCUUUAUUGCUUUAUACUUGCGCUUUUGAAAGGAGAUCCUCUCCAGAGAUCAGCUGAUGACCAAAUUGUAACAGAAAUCUAA